AUGGCCUUCCAACUCCCGCGCAACGUACCCUCCUUCACCUCCUCCCAACGCCAAUAUGAGGAUGGCUCCUGGCGCUCCAAAAGAACAAAUGCUCGAAACAGCGACUUCUCCUUCAACAGCUUCGUGAACCCGAACAACGACGAUCUACCCAUGUACAAGGACAAGCCGUACUAUGCAGCGGGGCGCUCUAGGAGAAGACGGCGUAGGAUUGGCUGGGUUGUCGCUGGGCUGGUUUUUCUGGGCAUCGUGUGGAUGUUGGUGAGCAACACGGCGCCGUCGCCGAUGGAGAGAGCGCAGCGCGGGAAACAUGGGGGGAACUUGUGGAAUUGGGUGAAGGUUGCCAAGGGGCGGGAGGCCGGCGAGAAAAAAGGGAGUGUUGAUUGGGCGGAGAGGAGGGAGAAGGUGCGCGAUGCGCUUAUAGUCAGUUGGGAUGAUUAUGCGCGUCAUGCUUGGGGUUAUGAUAUAUAUAAACCCGUUAGCAAAAAAGGGGAGAAUAUGAUCAGGGGCAAGGCCGGAUUGGGCUGGAUAAUUGUCGAUACUCUGGACACCUUGAUGAUCAUGAACCUCACGUCUCGUGUGCAAAAUGUCCGAAGGUGGAUUCACACUUCUCUCCAUUACAACCAGGACCAUCCUGUCAACACCUUCGAGACGACCAUUCGAAUGCUCGGAGGCCUUCUCUCCGCGCAUUAUCUGUCCACAACCUACCCCAAUCUUGCCCCGAUUGCGGAUGAUGACGCAGGAAGUCCUGGGGAGGACUUGUACAUUGAAAAAGCAACAGAUCUUGCUGAUCGCCUGCUUGGUGCUUUUGAAUCGCCGUCUGGUAUACCAUAUGCAAGUAUCAACCUUAACACGAGCGUAGGGGUGAAGUCACAUACGGAUAACGGUGCGUCCUCGACUGCGGAGGUAUCCACCUUGCAGUUGGAAUUCAAGUAUCUUGCGAAACUUACCGGGGAGCCAAAUUAUUGGGAGAAAGCGGAAAAGGUUAUGCAGGUUAUUGAAGAGAAUGGGAUGGAGGAUGGUCUUGUUCCUAUUUUCAUUGAGCCGGAUACAGGGAAAUUCAUGGGCCAAAAUAUCCGGCUUGGAAGUCGAGGGGAUUCAUAUUAUGGUAGGAUUCAUCCCCUUGAUUACACGUAUCUUUUGGCACUCUCAUUCUCACAUUGGUUUUUAGAAUACCUCAUCAAACAGUAUUUACAAACCUCACAUGAAGAGCCAAUAUACCUCGACAUGUGGAAUGAAGCGCUCAUGGGCAUACGGAAACAUCUAAUUACAUUCACAAAACACGCAUCUCUAACCGUCUUAGGCGAACGACCAAACGGCCUGAAUCAUGAAUUGGUCCCUAAAAUGGAUCACCUCGUCUGCUUCAUGCCAGGCACCAUCGCCCUAGGCGCAACAGGUGGCAUCCCGAUCUCCCAAGCCCGCAUGUCCCCAGACUGGGGCCGCAAACAGGAGGAAGAAAUCCUCCUCGCCAAAGAACUCAUGAAAACCUGCUGGGCCACCUACCUCGCAACCGCAACCGGCCUCGCGCCCGAAAUCACCUAUUUCCAACUUGAUAGUCCGUCUCGCAUGACGAAAAGCGUGUUUGCAGACUUAACAAAAUCCUCCGCCAUUAAAUCUUCCACCGCGGACCAACACAUGAUCUCCAAACCUCUCUACCCGCUCACGAACGAAAACAGCGAGUGGCGCAAGGACAUCAUCAUCCAUCCGCAAGACAAGCACAAUCUCCAACGCCCCGAGACAGUCGAGUCACUUCUCUACAUGUACCGCAUCCUCGAAGACGAUACGUACCGGCACUGGGGUUGGCAGAUGUUCAAGAACUUCAUGAACCACACCUCCAUCAUCGUAGAGGAUGAAGAGCCCCCUGUCCAAGAUUACUAUAACAAGAGCGUCGACGCGAAGAAGGCCACGCCACAUAUUCGGUCGUUCACGUCGCUGGAAAAUGUUGAUGUAAUACCCGCCGUGAAGCGGGAUAACAUGGAGAGUUUCUGGCUGGCGGAGACGCUGAAGUAUUUUUAUUUGCUCUUUUCGGAACGGGACUUUUUGCCGUUGGAUGGAAUGGUGUUUAAUACGGAGGCGCAUGUGUUCCCAAGGUUUCGGAUGGGGAGGCUGUUUAAGACUGGGUGGAAGAGGCAACAUGGGAAAGGGAGUUGGUAUUCAUAG